AUGGCUCAAAAACUAUAUUAUUUUAAUUUUAAUGGAUUUGGCGAAGCCAUUAGAUAUAUUUUGCACUAUUCUGGACAGAAGUUUGAAGAUAUCCGUUAUGAAAGGAAGGAUUGGCCCAUCAUGGAAGUCAAAGACAAACUUCCCUACGGCCAGAUGCCUCUUUAUGAAGAAGGCGAUCGCAGCUUGAACCAAUCGAUGGCAAUCGCCCGCUACUUGGCUAGUAAGACUGGUCUCAUACCUUCCGAUCCUUGGGACCAGGCUGUGUUGGAUGCAAUUGUAUUGGACAUUUAUGACUUCUCUAACAAAAUAAAAAUGUGGUUCAUGGAACAAGACCCAGGUAAAAAAGAAGCUUUAAAGAAGGAAUACGUAGACGACAAUGUUGAAUUCUAUUUCUCUAGAUUCGAAAAGCACCUGAAGAACAAUAAUGGACACUUUGGGGGAAAGCUCUACUGGGCCGACUUUGUUCUUGUUGGCAUUGUGGAAACCAUGAACCUCUACUUUGGCAUUGAAAUCGAAAAGAAAUACCCAGCAGUACAGGCUCUUAUUGAGAAGAUCAGAAAUCUUCCUGGAGUGAAGGAGUACAUAGCUAAUAGGAAACCUUAUUCACUCUAAUUGUGGAGUAGUUCUUUGAAUUCAGAUUUGUUUAUUAAAUAUGUCUUAAAGCUUGAUAGACUUUUCUUUUUCGUUAUCAUCACCCAUUUAUUUAAGUUAUUUACGGUCCAUGGCUGGGCACGGGUCUCCUCAUAGGCGAGCG